AUACUGAUUGCACUGUCACAGGGGAAAUGUCUUGAAUUUCUGAGAAUUGUUCAUAAAAACAAAACAUUUAAACAGGUUCUUUCCGGUUUAGGAAAAAAAAGGAAGCAACAUAUUUCUCGGAAAAUGAAAUCCUACGCCACGAUGAAUCGAGGUCCUACAGUCGUUGUGAUUCACAUGACAAACGUGUGAAUGAAAACGUGCUUUCUUUGAAAAGUCGGUAUUGAUAUCAUCUCGGAAAUAAAAGCCCUAAGGGUUAUAAAUAUUGACAUUUCAUGGAAAAAAGAGCCAGAACGAUUUAGAACCAAUGCACACCUAUUGAUAAGUUCAUCGUUUGGUUUUUGCGCUAGUCGAGGUAAGAAGUUGUUAUACAUUGUAAAAGAACAUUUAAUGUGAGAAAGCGUCUGAGCAGUUAGCCGUGGCAGCUUAACAGUCUAUAAAAUAGGAAUCUCACAGAGAAUUUUUGCAUGAACUGCAAAGUGGAAGGGGUAAACCCAAGGAAAGCCCCGGGGAAAAACCCUUCAAAAUCUGUCAGUUAGUUACAGCGAAACCCCGUUAAGGGUCAUCAACGUUGGCGUAUUAAUAAGGCAGAGCCAAGGUCCAUGCCGUCCCACUUUCUUAUGCUGCGCAUGACAAUACUGGCCUUUAAAAGAUUUCUCGCUCACGUUUUCUUUUGCAGAACAUUUUCACUUGAAGCAUGAGCAGCCCUGAAGAAAGCAGUAGUGAUCGAGUCAUUAAAGUCCUGUGCGAAAAAUUGAACCUGAUAGCUUUUGUAGAGGGACAGGAAGGGUAUGAAAAAUCCAUGAGAAGACUGUUCAAUGAAAGUCCUUCUAACAAACCUAAGGCAUUCAUCAACCCCAGGACUUCAGAUGAAGUAUGUCACGUGCUGCAGUACGCCUCAGCUAAUCAUCUUCAAGUAUCAGUCCUUGGUGGAGGACACGACCCUAAAGGUCUGGCUAUAAUUCGCGACGGUCUUGUCCUUGAUAUGUCGGCAAUGAAAAACAUAGACGUAGACAGUGAGGCUGCAACAGCCUGGGUCGAGGCUGGCGUGACCGUGAAGGACCUUGAUGACGUCACCUGUCCCCGGGGACUCGCUGCAGUGAACGGUUCCUGCACAGAUGUGGGUGUCAUCGGUUUCAUGUUGGGCGGGGGGUUCGGGUUUCUUAGCAGAACACAAGGGCUGGCAGUCGACAACUGUCUUCAAAUGGAAGUUGUCGCACCAGCGGGUCAGCGGAUUGUGGCAUCACCGCAUGAGCACAUGGAGCUUUUCUGGGCACUGAGAGGAGCUGGGCAGGUGGGAUACGGCGUGGUUACAAAGGUACAAGUCAAAUUGCACAAGUUACAAGAGGAAUAUGUUGGAGGUCGCUUUUGCUAUCUUCCGAUGCCCGCAGAAAAGCUUAGGGAAUUCUUGCAUUUCAUGAACGAGUUGUGCAGAGAAGCCGAAGAUGAAAUAACCUUCAAUAUUUACCUCGUUACGCAAUUCCCCGGGGUUGCAGUCGACUACUUCUAUGAUGGACCCCCUUGUGACGCCGAGAGAACCCUCCUUCCUUUUCUUCGUCGUCUUACAGAGACGUUUGGUCCCCCAAUGGAGAAUUCCUCAACUAGUGACGGCUCUUGGCAAGAACAGACCACCUCUUACCAGAAAUAUCAGCAGAGAUUUGGCGCUGAAUCUGAAAAGACGCGCAAGAUGUGGAAGUCUGCUUUUCUUGGAAUAUUAACUCCCGAGGUCAUUCAAAUCAUAAUGAACCAGCUAGAAUCGGCCCCAGUUGGUUCUACUCCUCACACUAUUGGUCUAGAGCAGCUGGGAGGAGCAAUCAACCGAAAGUCAUGUGAUUCCUGCGCUUACGUACACAGAGACGCUCUUUUUCUGUACAGUGUGCAGGCCAUGUGGAAACCCCAAGACGAGACUAAUGGUAAUGCGCAUGCAUGCAGACAGUGGGCAGAAAGAGCUGGUCAGUCACUGCUGGCUCACUCACUCGGCUCAUACCAGAAUUAUGCCGACUGCGGAGAAGCAACCAGUCAGGAACGCCUGGAAAAUUACUUCGGCAAGAGCAAUUUGCAACGGCUGAAAGACCUCAAAAAGGAAUAUGACCCACAUGGGGUAUUAAACAAAAAACAUUUUGAAUUCUAAAAAUGUAACGUAUUCUACGAAAGGUCCGAAAGAAAAGAUUAUAUAUUCAGUUAUGGUAAAACAAUUAAAGAGCCUUAAACACACUUCUUGUAGUUCUUAAUAAUUGUUUGUCAGAGUGUUUCCCGGGUACCGAGCUUUAUCACAGUAAAACCGGUAUACGUUAAAGUGUUAUACACUGAAGUUGCAACACUGCUAACCGGUCAUUGGUAUCCAGUAUAUAGCACUGAAAUUAGAUUUGUUAUAAAUAAAUUGUUCGGAACCAACCAAGUUCAUGAAACCUGGGUUGCAAUGUACUGACCUCUAAAACUUCGUCUUAACCAACAAGACCAAAUGUGGAGUCUUCUCAAACUAACAAGUAGCGAAACAUAAACCCGCUGAAGGCGCCAGAAUUUGUGAGAUUUGUUCGUGCUUUUAGCUUCGCGUUUGGUGUUAGUUUCGCGUAAUUAAUUGUGUCCUUUUGUAUAUGUUAUGUUCAUUUGCAUAUUCCAUAAGUUCGGUUCGCGUGUAAUUUAUUUUAGUUAGUAGCGUCAUUG